GAUAUUCAAUCGAGUCGGGUCCUGUUGGUAUAGAUGAUGAUUGGACCAAGAAAAUCACCAUGGGAUGACAGCUGCCGGUCCGUGCAUGCCAAGCCCACAAUAUCCACGGAUUGGACGCCUACUGCGUGCAAAUACGCAGGUCUAACUUCUAAGCCAGAGAGACCACUUUUCCUGUCAGUGGGGAAUAUAAGGGCAAAAGCAGAUUCGAAGAAAUGGCCAAAAGCAAACCGGACGGUAAGGCGGCUGACAAGGGUCCCGGAGGCAAGGCCGGGAAGGGAAGAGAGAAGGAGACCAAGCCCAAGGGAGCUUCAUCCAUCAAUGUGCGCCACAUUCUUUGCGAGAAACACUCCAAGAAGGAAGAGGCUCUCGCCAAGUUGAGAGACGGCGCAAAGUUUGACGAAGUCGCUCGAGACUUCUCCGAAGACAAGGCGCGCCAAGGGGGUUCUCUGGGUUGGAAGGCGAAAGGAAGCCUGGAUCCUCAAUUCGAGGCGGUAGCAUAUGCGUUGGAGACGAGCACCACUGGAAACCCAAAGAUAGGCGAGGCGAAGACUGGCUUCGGCUAUCAUAUCAUCAUGGUCGAGGGGAGGAAAUAAGUACGAGUAUCACGAGAAGAGGAGCAUGAACGUAAUGUAAUGGCUACUGAGGGAUCGAUCGUUGACGAGAAACCCAAUGCCUUUUUUCCCUCUUAUGUCAUAUGCAAUGGUGAUCGAUCAGCGGAC